GAGCGCACCUCUCACACAGGGACGAACAGGAAGUCCGGAAAAAGGAAAAAUCUGAGGGAAGGGAAAAGUUUUCAGAAGAUGAGUCGAAUUUAUCACAACACGUCUUUGCAGAACAAACCGGUCCACAAUGAAAGGUUUGACCGUGCGUGGCAUCCCUCCGCGUUUGAAAGUGGCCCUGGAGUUCUGCUAGAAGGAAAGUUGCUCGAUGUUUCCAGACAUGCGAUCACCGACAGCAACAAUCAAAAGCUACGUUUCUAUGUUCUGUACAUCAAGCCCAGCCACAUCCAUCAGAGGAAGUUUGAUGCCAGUGGAAAUGAGGUCGAACCGAACUUCAGUGACACCAGAAAGGUCAACACUGGCUUCCUCAUGUCCUCCUACAAGGUGGAAGCUAAAGGUGAGUCGGACCGUUUGUCUAAGGAACAGCUGUCAGCGGCGGUGAACAAAGCCGAGCUGGUGAAGAUAACUGACAAGCACCGGCCUGCUGGGACCUGGGCAUUUUGGUAUGCAGAGUCGGACAUGGAAAAAACAGAACUAGAAACAGGACAGGAAGUACGGCUGAAGACCAGAGGAAACAGUCCUUUCAUAUCGUCUUUGGCCAAAAUUGAUGGCGGCGCGGUGACCAAGUGUAACUUUGCUGGAGACGAGAAGACUGGAGCUUCGUGGACAGACAAAAUAAUGGCCAACAAGGCCGAUGCCAUUCAGAAGCCUGAAGGAGGAGGCGAGGGAGCAGAGGAGGACGAAUGGGAUGAUUGAGACGUUUCCCAUCGGCCUGGACUCACGGCCCGGCUCCGGUCUCCGGGAUGGAUUUGGACAUUUGUACCUCACGCAUGUUGGCGUGGAGCUGGAACCCUCGCGUCACCGUCCUGGAGAACGUGCUCGUCUCUUCUCGUGUGCUUCGCCACAUUUAGAAUUCAUGUUUUUUUAUCGCAGUAAUUAAGCUUAUUUUAAUCAUAAUACAGGAAAAAAGUGACAUUACCUGUACACAUUUGUAUACAUCAUGUUUACUACUCUCUGUUAUAUUAAAGCACAAAGCUCGACCAA